ACGUGGGUCGAGCUGGAGCGCGGCUCGAAUGGGGGAGUCUAUCCCGCUGGCUGCCCCGGUCCCCGUGGAACAGGCGGUGCUGGAGACGUUCUUCUCUCACCUGGGUAUCUUCUCUUACGACAAAGCCAAGGACAAUGUGGAGAAGGAACGAGAGGCCAACAAGAGCGCGGGGGGCAGCUGGCUGUCGCUGCUGGCGGCCUUGGCGCACCUGGCCGCGGCCGAGAAGGUCUAUCACAGCCUCACCUACCUGGGGCAGAAACUAGGGGGCCAGUCUUUCUUCAGCCGGAAGGAUUCCAUCCGCACCAUUUAUACCUCUCUGCAUAAUGAGCUGAAGAAAGUGGUGACUGGCCGUGGAACCCUGGGUGGGACUGCACCUCACAUGGAGGAACUCCUUUCUCACCUGUCAGAGCAGCUCUGCUUCUUUGUUCAGGCUCGAAUGGAGAUUGCAGAUUUCUAUGAGAAGAUGUAUACCCUCAGUACCCAGAAGUUCAUCAAUGCUGAAGAGCUUGUUGGCCUUUUGGAGACCAUCCUCAAGAAAUACAGCUCCAGAUUUCAUCAUCCAAUCCUCAGUCCCUUGGAAAGCAGUUUCCAGCUGGAAGUUGAUGUCUUGAGUCAUCUCCUGAAGGCCCAGGCCCAGAUCUCAGAGUGGAAAUUCCUCCCAUCUCUGGUUAAUUUGCAUAGUGCUCAUACCAAGCUACAGACCUGGGGCCAGAUCUUUGAAAAGCAGAGGGAGACCAAAAAACAUCUAUUUGGAGGUCAGUCUCAGAAGGCUGUGCAGCCUCCACAUCUUUUCCUUUGGCUAAUGAAACUCAAAAACAUGCUCUUGGCCAAGUUUAGCUUUUACUUUCAUGAGGCACUCAGCCGACAAACGACUGCUUCAGAAAUGAAAGCUUUGACUGCGAAAGCUAACCCAGACCUUUUCGGAAAGAUUUCAAGCUUCAUCAGGAAAUACGAUGCUGCCAACGUGUCCUUAAUUUUUGACAACCGAGGUUCAGAGACCUUUCAGGGUCAUGGCUAUCACCACCCCCAUUCCUAUAGAGAAGCCCCUAAGGGUGUGGACCAGUAUCCCGCUGUGGUGUCUUUGCCCAGUGACAGGCCGGUCAUGCACUGGCCCAAUGUCAUCAUGAUCAUGACAGACCGCACAUCUGACCUGAACAGCUUGGAGAAAGUGGUGCACUUCUAUGACGACAAAGUCCAGAGCACUUACUUCCUGACCCGCCCAGAACCCCACUUUACCAUCGUUGCCAUAUUUGAGUCAAAAAAAUCUGAGAGGGACUCCCAUUUUAUUUCCUUCCUCAAUGAGCUCUCACUUGCUCUUAAGAACCCCAAAGUUUUUGCAAGUCUGAAACCUGGAUCCAAAGGUUAACAGGUGAUUUGAAUGAAAGAUUUUCAAGACUUGAAGUUGUGUUUUUAGUUACUCUGAUGAUCAACAGUGGAAUUUACCUCUGUUCCUGCUUCUUUGAGAGCUAAAUACAAACCCUCCCUGAUUGCGCUGGACACUUUAUAAGCAAUUAAGGCCAAUCGAAUGAAAUAUCCAAAGAGUAAUCUAGGAACUAAUCUUAGGCUACUGUGUAUCUCCAUAGUACAGUGAUGUAGUUUCAGUAUUGUAUUUUGUGUCAAAUGAAUAUUUAUUGCCCUUUAAUUUUUCUUGCCAUAGUUAUUAUAAACAUUGUGUUCUAAUGCACUUCCAGUCAUCUUUCCUCUCCUGCUUUGUGGAAAAAUAAUUGGGAUAAAUGAGUAGUUUCUGUCUCAUAAAUUAGCAAAUUAAGAUAGAACUUCUUGCUUUAUAAUUCUGGCCUGCAAAUUCGUAUUUUUGGUGCCCAAGUAGGAUUGAUAAGAAGUUUGAAGUUGAAGGUGAAUCAGACUGGUAGCAUAACAGCAGCUUUACCAGUUCAGAAGACUCAUAGUGACUGUAGUAGCCUUGGGUUCUUUUUGUGUUACCUGCAUGCCUAUCUGACCUGAUUUUUACCUUCAUAAAGUUUGAAUUUUUCAUUGAUUUAAAGUCAGCAUAAGGCAUCUUGUGGGGUUUCUUUUUUCUUCAGUGUAUUCUGUACCUGACUUUUAUCACUUUAAUGUUGAAACUUGUAUUCAUAUUUUACUCCACUUUGGGCUUAGAAAGCAUACAGUCUUCUUCUUCCUCCUCCUCCUUCUUUUUUUGUUGGUUAUGGGGCUUGA